GGCCCCAGCGCGUGGCCUCCUCGUUUCAUUAUGGUAUAUAAUGCCUCUGUCCUCCGUACUUACAGUAACUAAUAUGAGCUGUACGAACACUAGUCAGAGAAUACUGGCCCGGAUCAAAGAUGGCUGCUCCCGACUGAAGUCGUGUAGCCGAUCCAUAGAUUAGCCCUUACAUCGAGAGACCUUUGGAUUUUCUCUGCAUAGCUUAACAUGAUUUGGAUUUGUGGCUGCAGCUGAAAUCAGAUGCGGUCUGAAGAUGAUGAGUCCGGAGGAAGCAGAGGCUCAGUUAUCGGAGCUGGAGUUGUUAUCUAGCAUGUUCCCCUCUGAAGAUGAGUUUGUGGUCACUGAUCAGCUGGCCCUGGCCGAGCUGAGAGAUUAUGUAGAAAAACAAACGCCGUUGACGCUGGCUUCCAAAAUUGAGUUUACAGUGAAUGUGAGACUGGAGGCGAGCGAUGAUGCAAAGCACGUUCUCUGCUUGCAUUGUUCGUACCCCUUAAACUAUCCUGCCGUGCCCCCUGAAAUCCGGGUCAGAUCUCCGUUGCUGGCCCGUUCCCAGCAGGCUCAGCUUAACGCAGCCCUUAGCACGUACCUGCAGAGCAGCUGUACCGGGGAAGUCUGCAUACUGAUAGCCACUGAGUGGGUCAAAGAAAAUGCACACAGUUACCUUAACGCGGACACAAUAUCUUCGUCAGAACCACAGCCUAGCGUGGCCACUCCGGAAGAUUGUGUAUUCACUAGAUUAUGGAUUUACAGUCAUCAUAUUUAUAACAAACAAAAGAGGAAAAAUAUUUUGGAGUGGUCUAAAGAGCUGGAUCUUACUGGCUUUAGCAUGCCUGGUAAACCUGGGAUUGUCUGCGUGGAAGGACCACAGCAUUUCUGUGAAGAAUUUUGGUCCAGAAUAAGAAAACUUACAUGGCAGCGCAUUUUAAUCAGACAUCGCGAAGAUAUUCCUUUGACCGGCUCUGUCCUGAAUCUGAGAAAAUUCCCCGCCGUGGAGGAGAAAGCAUUUGAUGUGCACGGCCCUAGAGGCAACCACAUGGACCUCGGCCAGCUCUAUCAAUUCCUCAAUGAAAAUGGAUGCGCUAACGUCUUCCCCAUGUAUUUUGGCAUCGAAGGACGAUGAAGACGCUUUCUAACUGCGUAGAAAACUGUGGAAUUUAAAGAAGUGCCUUCGUUGCAUAUCCUUUCUUACCGAACUUUUUAAUGUGUUUUUAUUUUUGGAAAUGUAUAUAAAAUGUCAUUCCUCAUGCAUAGUUUAGAGAAGAAAUCUUAGCUUGUCCAGACUGUCUGGCCAACUCUAGUCAAGGAAAAUAACGUUUGAUCCCCAUUGUGAGGCCAGAGGGAUAUUGCGCAAUCAUCCAUAUACAGUCGCUUCUGCGAUUCCCAAAAUGCAUAAACCAAUUGAGACCAAUAACUGAAUUUCCUGGGACUUCCCAAAACGAUUCCUACUUAAAAUUGGGUCUUUCAAGUUCAAAAAAUGCUUGUGCAAAUACGUCAUCUGAUCUCAUCUCAUGCAGUAAGCGUCACAUCUCAUGUCUAUUCUUCACACGUAGUUAGUAAGUUGAAUCCAGGUAGGCUCAGCAUCAAACUGAUUCGGAUGGUACCAAGAAAAUCAUGGCUUUAGAAAAAGGUGCUAAAUUUGCCCCAAAUAAAUAUAUGAUUUGUA